AGUAUGCGGUGUAAGGGGGCAGCCAAUUGGCAGACUAUCCACUCCAUGUGUUCUAGUCUUUCUUGCUUAUUGUAAACUUAAACAAUGAACCCCUAAACUUCGUGGCUCAUUGUCAACAUUUUAUUCUUCAAGACUCUUGGUGUGACACUGUGGGCGUUCGAUCUCGAACGUUGUCGAGUCCAUGUUUGGGGGUAAGUUUUGGCAGCCCAUCUCGCUGGAUUAAAUGGAACUUGAGGGCCAAUGGUGGAAGGGACAACUUGCAGGAGACAUACACCAGGCUCUUCGUCUGAAGGAGCUCAAGUUGCCAGUCUACAAAGGCCAGUCUCCACAGCUUGGCCUGAGGCGGUACUUUGCAGACCUCAUCGCAGUGGUGAGCAAUCGCUUCAAACUGUGCCCCACAGCCAGACACCUUGCAGUUUACCUGCUGGACCUCUUCAUGGAUCAUUAUGAUAUCACAGUUCAGCAGCUUCACAUCGUCGCCCUGUCCUGCUUGCUCCUGGCCAGUAAAUUUGAAGAGAGGGAAGACCGGGUGCCCAAGCUGCAGACCCUGAACAGCCUGGGCUGUAUGAGUUCCAUGAGCCUAGCCCUGAACCGGGAGGGGCUGCUGCAGAUGGAGCUUCUCCUCCUGGAGACCUUCAACUGGAACCUGUACCUGCCCACGUCGGCCCACUUCAUCGAGUACUACCUAUCCAUGGCCGUGCACGAGGAGGACCUGCAGGACGGCUGGCCUCUGGUCUGCCUGGACAAGACCGUGGUCUACAUGAACAAGUACGCAGACUAUUUCCUGGAGGUCUCCUUACAGGAUCACAUCUUUGUGAGCUUUGCUCCGUCUCUGGUAGCGGCAGCGUGUGUGGCGGCCUCUCGCAUCAUCCUGCGCCUGUCACCGACAUGGCCCAACCGGAUCCAGCACCAGGCCCUGUAUCCAUGGGAACACUUGCUGCCCUGCGUGGAGCGACUGCUUCUUGCUCACGACAAUGACCUGAAGGAGGCCAGCAAGCAGAAGGGACAGCAGCUGGUUACCUCCCAGCCCUCUGCCAUGGCCUUCAACCACACACAGACCCAGAGCAUCACAGUCCAGCACCAGUACCUCCAGCGGCCCGGGAUACACGCACAGUACCCCCAGCAGAACCGGCCCCAGCCCGGACUCGCCCAGGUACGUGGCCCUGCACCACCUUACCUGGCCCAUGGUACCACAAUCCAGCCCGGGGGGACAAUGACACAGGGACAGGCCCAGGUCCUCGCAACAUCGCUGGAGGGAACUAAAGGGAACAUUGCUGCCCGGGGUUAUCCACUGAACAUGUUGUAUACCUGCGCUACUCCACAGUUUGAAAGGUGAUGGCAGCUCUGACCUUGUCGGUGGAUGGCGGGAUGAAGAGAGGGAGGUAUGGAUGGAUGGAUGGAUGGAUGGACGGACGGAUGAACGGAUGUAAGGAUGGAUGGAUGGAUGAAUGGAAAGACGGCUGGGCAAGUAUUCAGCAGACUCUAAUGGGUGACCAGGGUAACCAAAGAACACCGCCUGUACCUCAUCAGUGACUUGAAGGAUUAACUGAAACAAAUGUUGUAAAUAAACUACCAAGCCAUGUUCCUUUUUAAAGUAAAAUGCAAAAAAAAAGUCUGGUCAAGAAGUGGUAGGAAUUCAGUGUUUCAUUCUGAGUUGAGCAGAAUUGGGUUGUUUGAAUGUGCAAUAGUAUUAUUUUUCUUUUCCUUUUUUGCCUGUCAUCCACUGAUUAUGUAUGUGGGUUUUUGUUUGCCUAAGUCUCUCCCACGAAAUCGUGCGAUUUUGUUAAAUUGUAUUUUUCAAUGCAGACUUUUGUGAGAAACGUAGGUGUCUAGUUAUUUUUACGAGUAGGUCUAUCUGGAUGUUUAUUUGUGUGCUGCUACCUCAGAAACAUUGAAUGUUGACUGCUGUCCUUUGAGCUGUACAAGUGCACUUUGAGAUUGGGUCAUGUUUUUAAUAAAAACACGGCAUGGUGAAUAUGAACAUCUCCAACAGA